UCUCAUCCAGACGCAUGCUGGGACACUGAGGAGACUUCACUCCCUAAAAGAUGGCUCCAAUGUUGGCUUUGCUGCUGCUUUACCAUGUAGCUUUAUACACCACUGUAUCAUCUAAGAAAGUAUGUGGCCGACCUCUUGUCGCUGAAGGGAUUGACGAGUUGACCCUAAAACGUGUGUAUGAGGUCGGGGAAGAGGUGACCCUCACAUGUGAACGGGGGUACUUGCCUUCAACAGCAACCCCCCGAAGGAUGACCUGCACUGCUACAGGAGAAUGGACACAGUCAGACCUGUCAUGCUCUCCUAACAUGUGUCCACUCCCUGUACCUCUGCGGCCAUUAGCGAUGGGAAGGACACAAGCUCCAUACAAGAGUGUACUUAACUACACAUGUGAUGAUGGGUAUGUCAUGCUAGGAGCCAAUGAGAGCAGGUGUUUACAUGAUGGUACCUGGAGCAAUCCACCACCUACCUGCAAAGCUGUGAACUGUCCGCUACCCAAGCCACCCAGAGAAGGAAGAAUUGUCCAUGAUAAGCCAGUUACUGGAAGAACCACCAUGUAUGGGCAAGGCUGGACAUAUGAGUGUAACCCACCUAAGGCACCAAGUUAUGAGAGGGGAUCUUGCAUGGCUGAUGGAAAUGUAACUGAGCCACCAGUGUGCCGAGAGGUGAGCUGCACCAUCCCCACAGCCAUACCAAAUGGCUUCAUCACCUUUGCUGUGAUGAGACAACAUGGCUACAAGGAAAAGGUUAAGUACGCCUGCAAUGAGCAUUAUGUUCUUGAUGGUGAGGCUGAGAUUCAGUGCCAAAACACAGGACAAUGGUCUUCCAAGCCAGUUUGCAGAGCUCCCUGUGUAGUUGGCAUCAAAAGAGGCCGUAUCUUCUACAAUGCCAAGAAGCUCUGGAUCGCAGAUCUAAAACCCAAUAGAGUCCUCCAUGGAGAGCCUGUUGUCUUCUACUGUCUAAACAAAGCUGAGAGGUGUGGCUAUCCCGUGGCCAGCACCUGUAACGAUGGAACCCUACCCAUCCCAGAGUGCUUUGAGGAACCAGGCAAGGUCGAGUACAACUUAAGGCCCAAGACACUACCAUCAGAAAUUAGGAUGUGUGCUGCGUCACCCCCUGCAAGCCCCACGACUCCUGCAAGAUCUGCAUAACUUUGCAAGAAUGGCCGUAAACACCAUGUACACUAACAGGAUAUGAAUGACUCUGAAUGUUACACAUAAGCCUAUGUGUAGCCUUAUGUGUCAUAAUCAGCUAAUAAUAAAGUAAUAGUAGUGAUUAUAAUGACAAGAUUUUCAUUAAGGAUGUGAAAUCGUGGUUUGGUACCUGAGAGGGUCAAAGUAUUGAGGAUCCAUACAUAUUGUACAUACAUACUCCAGUGCUCAGGUUAUAAUUACAACUGAAUAUAAACUAAAUGUCUGAUAUUCUCUCCCAGGAAAUUUGAUUCCAAUUCACACUUUAUUCGUGUGUGUAUUUGAUUAGAAUCUUAUCUCCUUUAUAACUUGUAUGUGACUUUAACCACUCUUGUGAAGUGAUGAGUGGCGAAAUGCCCUCAAGACAAGAGUAAGAAAAUAACUUCCUGUAUUUGACCAAUAAAGCUUGUGCGCAUGCA